CCUAGCAACGGGGUCAACCACACCUCCUCACUAAGAUAGGAUUUUUCAUCCAUUCCUGGCUCAGAGUUCACUGAAAAUGUUCUGGAAUCACUUCUAAGCUAAAACUCCUGGCAAGGAAUUUUUAGGUUAAGUUAGGAGCUCUCUGAGAGGAUUCUCAGAAUCUUUAAGGAUACGGGCCCUGGUUGAAAAUCUACAUUGACUAAUUCAAACAGAGACUCUACCAAUUAUAAUGAGUUAAUUUUAAGUGGAAACGUUUUUUUUUUGGUGAACAUUUUCUAGCUGCAAAAAGGUGGCACUUGAUGUCCAGAUGUAUGUCAAUUUGUUACCACCCCAUGAGCUGUCGCUUUAAAUGUGCCGCUUGCUGGCACUUCCAGUAGAUCAGCAACGUUAACCCGAGUACGUCGACGUCAUGAAACUUUUCCAGCAGCUGUGUGUUGAGAUGAGGAGGGCAUGAGAGGGUGGGUUGAUGUGGUAUCGCCGAGGACCAUCUUCCAGGACAGCCUGUUAUCUGUCGUGUUGUUAGGACACAGUACUCACACGAAGACAGUACUAACGAGAAGACAGCACUCACGAGAAGACAGCACUCACGAGAAGAAAGCACUCACGAGAAGACAGCACUCACGAGAAGACAGUACUCACGAGAAGACAGUACUCACGAGAAGACAGUACUCAUGAGAAGACAGAACUCAUGAGAAGACAGUACUUAUGAGAAUUCUUAGGCCAUUAGACGAGUGAGGCCCAACAGAGCAUCCUGGUCGUUCACAGUCAAAAGUAUUGGUGGAAUAUUGGCAAAUACACAGGAGGGAUCGCAAAGACACAAGGUUUUCCAGUAUGAAUCGGGCUUUUAACAGGAAAAAAGAUAAAUCCUGGAUGCAUACUCCAGAGGCGCUGGCAAAGCAUUACAUACCCUACAAUGCCAAGUUUCUUGGAAACACAGAAGUUGAUCAACCGAAAGGCACAGAGAUUGUUAAAGAUGCAGUUAGACAGUUAAAGUUUCAAAGGCAUAUCAAGAAGUCAGAGGGACAGAAGACCCCAAAAGUGGAAUUGCAAAUCUCCAUUUAUGGAGUAAAGAUCUUAGAUCCCAAGACAAAGGAUGUCCAGUACAACUGCCAGUUGCACAGGAUAUCCUUCUGUGCAGAUGACAAGACGGAUAAAAGGAUAUUCACCUUCAUCUGCAAAGACUCUGAGUCAAACAAACACCUCUGCUACGUGUUUGACAGUGAAAAAUGUGCAGAGGAGGUAACACUCACUAUUGGCCAGGCGUUUGACUUGGCCUACAAGAAGUUCCUCGAGUCUGGUGGAAAAGAUGUGGAGACACGGAAACAGAUAGGAACCUUACAGAAAAGAAUUCAAGAACUGGAAACGGAAAAUUCUGGGCUAAAGAAGCAGCUUUGGAAUCUGGAAGAGCAAUUGAUGAUUGCUCCUGCACCACCACUGCUGCACAUAAACACUACUAACGAGGCCUACAUGCUCUCAAGACCCUCCUCGCUCUUCUGGUGUCACAAUCUGACGUCCUUCUCGUGUCUCGAGAUCUCCUCGGUUACACUCACCCCUAUGAGCUCGCCCGAGUCCAACCUCUCGGCAGGCCUACUAACCCCUCCUCCGGCUAAGCCCGCUCUCCUCCCAAAGCCUGCCGACGGAUGCAGCAUCCCACGGCCUCGCGCUGGCAGCAUCUCCUUGAAACCCCCAAUGUCCACAGACGUUUUUGACAUGGUUCCCUUCUCUGCUGUCACACCCCUGGUGCCAAUACCCGCAAGCAACGGCACACCCCCUCCCCCCCCGACAACAUCUCCUCCAGACACGAGUAAAGACCUUUUUGGAGCGGAACCUUUCGAUCCGUUCACCUGUGGGCAAGCCGACUUCCCCCCGGAUAUCCAGUCCAAGCUGGACGAGAUGCAGGUGACUCGUCAGAGAUGGAGGGGUUCAAAAUGGGACUAACCCUAGAGGCUGCUGUCUUUUCUCUUGAGCCACUAGACGGUCGCUGGUGAUGCAAAGAAGAUGCGUUUCUGUUACAUACUGUUAACUAAUUUGUAUUAAAAGUGCCAGAAUUGGGUCUACAGUCAAGAUGUCAAUGUUCUUCUAGUCUUGAGGUUUAUAUGUAUUUGCAUUUGAAUUUGGUUUUAGAAUAUUCAAAGGUAUAUUCAAAUCUGAUAUAGAAAGCACUAUUUUUGUAAGAACUCAUGUGGGAAGGAGUAUUUUUACAGGCAACAAAGGAUGUAAAUAGUAUGGCCGAUGGUAUACUCUGUGGCAGAGUUUUCAUAAACAGUACGUCUUAUGUAUAGAAUCUGCUUUAUUGAAUAUACACCACUUAAAUCAACAUUGUUACCACGUUGUUUUUUGUAUGUCAGACAUAAUGACUUGCUCAUCAUCAACUCACAAGACACGUAAAUGUAGUUGUUCUUGUAUUACCACUCAUGUAACUAACUCUCAGCUUGCCCUUCAUUUGACAUUUCCUCUGUUCUUUUUACUCAUGUAUCUUUAGUGUAAUCAUUAAUUCUGAUUGUUUUGACCUGACAUUUAAUUGAUUCGUUUUAUUGUCUUAUUAAACAUUUUAACAGGUGCAUUUUACAUAUCGGUAUGUAUUGACAUGGAUUUACUUUCUUAUGAUAUAUGUCAGUGUCCUCUUGCACCAGAAAGCACUUUUGAAAACCUCUGUCAGUACUUGUUAUUUUACUUUGCUGUUACAGUUAUUAAAGAAAACAUUACUGCAUCAGUUAUCAACACUCAAUAAUUAUUGAAAUGUGUUGGCGCUACAUUUUAUUUGUAUGUUAUGCAUUUUAUAUGUAAAAGUCUGGGGAAUCAAGUAUUUUUGCUAACACUUUACAUUCAGUUUGUUACAUAGUCAUUUUUAAAUGCAAUUACAACAAUGAGAUAUUACAAUGUUGUUACGUGUGUAAUUGCAGCAUUACUACACAGGUAUAAGAAAACAGCAACUUAAUGUAAAGUGUUAGCGUGUUGGAUAUUCUCAAGAUGUACCGGCAGAUAUUCAACCAUGGAUCUCCACUGAGGUUAGGCUUUGAUGGACAUAUUCAAUAACUCUGUUGCUUGGUGACAUCAUAAUGAUAGUAUGUAAUACAAAAUAAAAUAAAAACGUUUUUAUUGUCACGUC